AGAAGAGGAGAGACGCGAGGCGGGCCGGAGCUCUUGGGAAGAUAAUGAUAGAGGAAGACAGCGGUAUGAUGCGAGAUGUACGACAUAAGAAAUGGAAGCACAGUGACAACGCAAAGAAGAAACGUUCUUCAAAAUCACUGGAAGACGAUGGUCAAUCUCUACAGCAGCAGUCUCUGAAGCAAAAGAUGAAAAGUCCCAGGUUAGCAGGUUCUGGUGAAAAGAAAUGGAAGAAGAGAAAGAAAGACAGUUUUACAUCUUUAGGAGGGUGUGACAAUUCCGAGACUGCUACAGCGGACACUGAACAAGACUUAAACACACAAUUGUUUGUCGGUAAUAGCGAAAAGAAACGGAAAAAGAAAGACCAUUCUGCAUUUAUAGGGUGGUGUGAUAGUUCAGAGACUGUUACAGUUGACACUGAACAAGAUCUCCCAUUUGUCAGUAAUAGUGAAAAGAAACGGAAAAAGAAAAAGAAAGACUGUUCUGCAUCUUUAGAAGGGUGUGAUAGUUCAGAGACUGUUACAGUGGACACUGAACAAGACUUAAACACGCAAUUGUUUGUCAGUAAUAGCGAAAAGAAACGGAAAAAGAAAGACCAUUCUGCAUUUAUAGGGUGGUGUGAUAGUUCAGAGACUGUUACAGUUGACAUUGAACAAGAUCUCCCAUUUGUAGGCAAUAGUGAAAAGAAAAGGAAAAAAGAGAGGCACAAUUCCAGAUUAAAUGACGAAUGUGAUGAUUCAGAGGUGCGAAACCCCAGAGAAUCGGAUCGUAGUGAAAGUAAACCGAAGAAGAAAAAGAAAGACUGCCUCAUAUCAUUAGAAGGUUCAUGUGAUGGUUCAGAGACUGUUACGGUGAACGCCGAACAACUCUUGCAAAAUCCCCAGUUUGUAGGGAACAAUGGAAAAAAACGAAAGAAAAGGAAAAAAGAGAGACUCAACUCCAGAUCAGAGGAAGAAUGUGAUAAUUCAGAGAUACAAAAUCUCCAGUUCGUAGGUAAUGGUAAGAGAAAAAAGGAAAAAUGCCAUCCCAAGUCAUGGGAAGCUGAUGUUGCUACACAGGUGAGUUCCGCAGAGAUUAAGAAAGAGGUACAAUGUUUUGAGUUGAUGGAGAAUGAAGGCAACCAAACAAAUAAAAAAACACAUCAUUCCUGCCCAGCAGAUGAGACAAGUGUUUCAGUGUCUGCAGUAAAGACUAAACAAAUACUGCAAAGUGCCAGGUUAAUGGACAGUGGUAACAAGAAAAAGGAUCAUGUCAAGGCAGUGAGAAAUGUUAUAGAGAUUACUGCAAAAGAGACUCUGCAAGCAAUGCAGAAUCCUGAGUUAAUGGGUGGCAGAGAUGGCCACAAGAAAAAAAGAAGGCGUUGUUCCAGUCCAGCAGAAGAGGGAGGUGGAAAAUACCAUUGUAAGUCAGCAGAAGGAGGUAAUGAUUUGGAGACUAUUGAAAAGAUUCCUCACCAAGAGGGUGCAAUGUCAGAAUCUGUUGACAUUGAUACAGAAACUUCAACCAAAAAAUGCAAGAGGACAAAGAAGAAAAUGCAAUUUGAGAACAAUGUUAACAGAGAUGCCUCGCUUAAUGAUUCUGAAAUUCCACAAAAAUCUAUCAAGCAGCCAUUUGAAAAUUGCAGUGCAGACUUGCAACAAAGAAUUGACAAAUCGUUCAAGAAACAUAAAGUAAAAUGCAGUCCGGAAGAGAUUACGGAAAAAGAAGCAAUGGACCACUCCAAGGCUAUGGACAUUAGUGACUUUGCAGAGAUCACUGCAGAGCAGACCAAGCGAAUAAUGCAUACUUCUAGUGUAGGUUGUCAAGAAGCUGUCAAAGCCUCCAAGAGGUACAAGCAAAAGAAAGGCAGUGUGUCAGGACAUAAGAACUCUAGCAGAACCAAGAAUUUGAUGCAGAAUAGACCUGAACAGUCUUCUGCAUUGAGCAGUGAGAGCACACUUGAGGUUGUCAUUAUACCUGAGACCAUCACAGAAUCAAACCAGAGACGGAAAACUCAAAAUAGGCAGAAAAAUAAGCAGCAGCAGUACAUGACAGGAUCCAACAAUAAUGUUAGCAUGAAAACUGUCAAGCACUUUCAGAAGGAGGAAGUAACUUUUGGGAAAGAUACAACUAAAGCCAGAAUGAUAGACAAAUCAGAAUUGACUGAGCUGCUCAAGGACUUUAUCCCUGAUGUGGAAAAGCUGACAACUGAAACAAUGUACAGCAUGUAUAAAUAUGACCUUCCAAGAUUUCAAAGGUUUAAAGAAGAAGGAAUUCCAAUCCGACGAGGCAGGUUUACCCAGGAAGAGAACCAGCAGUUGCAGAAAAACCUAAAGGAACUAGUGGAGUUAACUGGAAUUCAAAAUGAAUGGGAGCUUUUUCAUGUUCCUGAAUCCACCCUUGAGGCGAUAAGAAUGAAGCGGUUGAAACAGAAUAACUUAUUCUGUUGCAGACUAGCUGAAGGCAUUCCAAGGCCGUGGAAGUGUGUUUAUCAGCGAGCAAAGAAAAUGUAUGAUCCUAAGCGAUGUAAAGGCAGAUACACAAAAGAAGAACUGGAGAAACUGCAACGCUUGCAAAUUGUGCAUGGAAAUCACUGGAAGAAGAUUGCCGAACUCAUGGACCGGACUGAUGUAUCUGUUAUGGGUCGAGCAAAAACAAUAAAAAGCUCUUUGAACGUUGGACCCUGGAGUAAGGAGGAGGAGAGGGCAUUAAUGAAGAUAAUGGAGGAGGUUAUGAAAAAUAGAAUACAAGAAGCAUCCCACGACCUAAUGAACACACCUUCAAAUACAAACAAGAACAAACUUGUUCCAAUCCUUCGUGAAAAACUAUACAAGAAAAUUCCUUGGUCUGCAAUUGCAGACCAAAUGGAGCACAGAAACUGGAUGCAGUGCAGGCAGAAAUGGAUGAACAUCCUGAGUACAAAAAUGUCUGGAGGGGUGAAACCCUUACAAUUUAACAGCUACCAGACAAAAAUCAAUCUCAUCAAAAGGUUGUACCUUAUGGGCGUCAGUGAUGUUGGUGAUGUGGACUGGGAGGAACUUUGUAGCGUUAUUGGAGAUGUCCCUCCCCUUGUCAUUCAAAAGAUGUUCUAUAAAUUGAAAAUUCGCUAUGUACCUGAUUGGCCCAGGAAAUCCUUUGGAGGAAUUGUGGACUUUCUGCAUGAACAAAUAAUUCCAAAAUUGGAAGCAGUGCUGAAGGAAAAGAAAGACCAAGAUAACAGGUUUGAAGCAAAUGAUCUUUUUCAGCCACAACAACAUGAGUUCAAAUUAAGAGACAUAUUUGACGACAACGACGAUGAGGAAGAUGGAAUUGAGAAAAUAUGUGCAUUGGAAGAACGUACUGGAACCUAUCUGAAAAUGUGAUCCCACAGGCAUGAUUUUCUGCCACAUGCUUUGUAAUUGGCACUUGCGUUACAAUUUUGAAUGAAAUACCGACAGUACAAAAAUGUUGACAAUCACAUUGUGAUCGAGACUUUCGUGGUUUUAUUAUUACUGUAUGCAAGGUAGUUUUUUUAUUAAUGGAUGUUGGCAUCACUGGAAGGCCAGCAUUUGUUGCCAAUCCCUAAUUUGUACCAAAUGAUAAUUGUCAAAGGUCAAUCCUUCAGAAAAUGUACAGAAAUAUGAAAAUAAAAAUUCAAUCUCACUGAGAAGCAUGACACAAAUAAACACUUUUGCACCUUU